ACAACGCCUGAAGGCUAGUAGUCGUUUUUAGCCAAGCACAUUUCAUUUGUCGAAGCCGCACAAGGGUUUUUCCUUCCUCUGCUUCCUCCUCAGGGUUUUCAGGCUAUUGAAGAUGUCAAGGGUGUACGUUGGGAAUUUGGAUCCGCGAGUCACUGAGCGGGAACUUGAAGAUGAAUUCCGUGUCUUUGGAGUUAUAAGAAGUGUUUGGGUUGCAAGAAGGCCCCCUGGCUAUGCAUUUAUAGAUUUUGAUGACAGGAGAGAUGCACAAGAUGCAAUUCGUGAACUAGAUGGUAAGAAUGGAUGGAGAGUUGAACUUUCUCAUAAUUCUAGAGGUGGAGGAGGUGGUGGACGUGGAGGGGGUCGUGGUCGGUCUGGGGGUUCUGACUUGAAGUGUUACGAGUGUGGUGAGCCUGGUCAUUUUGCUCGUGAGUGCCGGCUUCGUGGAGGAUCAGGAAGGCGUCGCAGCCGCAGCCCUCCUCCCAGAUAUCGGAGGAGCCCUAGUUAUGGGCGAAGGAGUUACAGUCCUCGUGCGCGAUCCCCUAGGCGCCGCAGUUUGUCUCCUCGUGGUCGCAGCUACAGCAGGUCACCUUAUCGUGGGCGAGAUGAGGUGCCUUAUGCGAAUGGAAAUGGUCUCAGAGAUCGUCGCAGAAGCAGGAGCUGAGUGUAGAAAAUUCUGUAUUUGACUCAAUCCGGAAGUUUUUGCAAUAGUGUGUUUAAUAUGCAUGGAAUUAGUUACAACUCUGUAAUCGGGGUGACGUCCUCGGCUUCAACUCGUGGAUUUGGUUAAGUUUCUUUCGUACUUCAGUAUCAAGUUGGUUAGUUUUCCUUCCCUUAAUCCUUCUCUGGCUUUUGCCUUAGAACAAAUAGAUCUAGUAUCUUAGUGGCAUUUGGAUUCUAUGUUUGCUGAUAUAGUUUGUGAAAAGUAAAGAGUUCAAGUGAACGCUGCUAAAAAUUUAUGCUUUUUGUUUCUGUAUCGAGGUGUCUACGUGGUUCUGCUUCAUUGGUU